AUGGAUGUCAAGGUAUUGGAAUAUCUGGAAAAAUUUAAAAGUGAUGGUAUUCUAGAACGUACGAUUGUGAUAUUACUUUCGGACCAUGGCAUGCGUUGGGGUCCAUUACUGCAGUUGAAAUCAGGAUUCUUAGAAGAAAGAUUACCCACAAUGCUUAUAUCGAUACCGUCGUGGUAUCAAAACAAAUAUCCGAAUUUCAUGAAAAACUUGCAAACAAAUCAGCAGCGUUUCACGACACCCUAUGACAUUUAUGCGACCAUGAAACAUACACUUGAGUUGGCUGAACCGGAAAACGAUUUUCCGUACCUCAAUAACAACAUACAUGGUGUUUGCAUCUUUCGUGAAAUACUUGAGAAUCGCACCCGUAAUGAUGCUGGCAUUCCCGAGCGUUGGUGUACUUGCGUAUCUUAUGAAACUGUACCCUUAAGUGAUGCAAUCGCAAGGAAUGUAACGGCACUAGUGUUAGGCAAAAUGAAUCAAUAUCUGGUUAAUAAAGAUAUUAGCGAUAAAUGUGAAGAAUUAAAAUUAGAAACGGGCAAUAGUGUUGAACUGAAAAUGAUCAAAACACCAAAUGAGUCCACAUAUUGUAUAAGUUUCGAAACAAAUCCGGAGAAAGCGAGAUUUCAGGCUACGGUGGUUUAUAAUAUAACAACAAAUACAAUCAAAAUGGGCGUAAAAGAUAACUCACGUCUGGAUUCGUACGAAAAACUUCCAACAGCAUUGAUUUGA